GUUCCGUGCGGCGGGGAGUAAGGCGUGCGAGGCGGGACGGGACGGGUCCGGGAGAGCCUUUGGGUGGAAGAGCUGGAGCGUGGUUCCGCUGCUUGCUGUCCUGCCCUCAUCUGUUUGCUUAGCACCAGCGCAGCUGUCACGCGUGGAUUUGCGCCAUCGUUUGCUUUGUGUAUAUUGUCCUGCUGAGAGCAUCUCUCCUCCGGUCCUUGCUACCCAACCUGGAAAUUAAAACACAGGGAAAGUGAUAUUCCGUCAGGCAUCUCCUGCAGCCUUGAUCAGGAGUGAAGGGAAAGUACUGGAUCAUGUCGGAGUUCUGGCUGAUUUCUGCCCCAGGAGAUAAAACAAACCUGCAGGCAUGGGAGAGAAUGAAUACGGUGACAUCCAAAUCCAACCUGUCCAGCAACAGCAAAUUCCAUAUUCCAGACUUAAAGGUGGGGACACUGGAUGCUCUUGUUGGUCUGUCAGAUGAGUUGGGAAAACUUGAUACCUGUGCUGAAAGUGUAAUUAAGAAAAUAGUCCAGUAUAUAGGAGAAGUUAUGGAGGACUCCAAAGAUAAAGUCCAGGAAAAUCUUCUGGCCAAUGGAGUUGACCUGAUUAGCUACUUGACCCGGUUUGAGUGGGACAUGGCCAAAUAUCCCAUAAAGCAGCCACUGAAGAAUAUAUCAGAAGCAUUAGCAAAGCAAGUCACUCAGAUAGAAGCAGAUCUAAAGACCCGAUCAGCUGCAUACAACAAUAUUAAAGGAAAUUUGCAAAGCCUGGAGAAAAAAACUGUGGGAAACUUGCUGACUCGGACCCUCGCAGACAUCGUGCAUAAGGAAGACUUUGUUCUGAAUUCUGAGUACCUUAUCACACUGCUGGUCGUGGUGCCAAAAUCAAGCUACGUACAGUGGCAGAAGACCUAUGAAUCCCUGUCUGAUAUGGUAGUGCCUCGCUCCACCAAAAUGAUCGCUGAGGAUGCCGAGGGAGGACUCUUUACAGUCACCCUAUUUAGAAAAGUGAUGGAUGACUUCAAGGCUAAAGCUAGAGAGAACAGGUUCAUGGUUCGAGAGUUUUAUUUUGAUGAGAAGGAACUGAAAUGUGAAAAGGAAGAGCUGAUGAAGCUAGCUUCUGAUAAGAAACAGCAGUAUGGCCCGUUACUGCGCUGGCUGAAAGUGAACUUCAGUGAAGUGUUUGUGGCUUGGAUUCACGUGAAAGCCUUGAGGGUUUUUGUUGAAUCAGUCCUGAGGUACGGCCUGCCAGUGAACUUCCAAGCGAUGUUGCUGCAACCAAAUAGGAAGUCGGUAAAACGCUUGAGAGAUGUCCUAAAUGUGGCCUUCAAACAUCUAGAUGAAGUUGCAGCAGCAAGUAUAAUGGAUCCUGGCAUGGACAUCCCUGGUUUACAACUGAGUAAUCAAGAAUACUAUCCUUACGUCUAUUUCAAGAUUGACCUCAGUCUUCUUGAUGGCAGUUAAGAAGAACAAACCAACUAUUUCAUCUAUUAAUUUUCAAGAUCCAAAUAUUAUACUAUAAGAAUCCUCAGCUGUUGAAAUUCAAAUUGAAAUGCUGAUGAAUAAGAUUUUCCUAACACUGUCAGUAAUUUUUUAUGUGACUUCAAACAUCUUCAGUUCAUAGCAUUAUAAAAAACGUAUUUCCGAGGCAGGUGGUACUAUGGUAGUAUUUAUUACUUUUUGGUAAGUUACAAAGAUGGAAUCUCAAUUGGAUUUAAAAUUAAACAAUUUUGUGGCUGA